UUGCUGCUUCAUUUAGAUGAAGAUUCUUCUGCGGGUGAUUCAUUGGAGAUGUGGAUGAUGGAGGAUUCUGGUUGGGUUAGACAAUUUGUUGUCAAUGUGAGGCAGCUUCGUGCACCUAUAUGCUUGGCCACGAAUGAUGAAGUUAUGCUACUGUCAGCACAUUCUAAUGUUGGCCUUGAUCAUAUUCUUUCUUGUGACCUCAAGACCUUGGAGUUGACUGACCAUGGAGUUGUGGAGGGCAUAUCUCUUGCCUCUACCUAUACGCCGAGCCUGGCCUUACUUGGGGAAGGAAACGAGUGGUUUGAGGACCUCUGAAUGGUAUGAUGUUUAACAUUGUAGUUAUAGUAUUUCUCAAUUUGUUUUUGGUUUUCAUGAGACACUAUUUGUCCUGUUUGAUUCAGUUUAUAUAUUUUGAUGGCUCCUUUUUUACCAUUGUGCUUUCAGCAUCUCAGUCAUAGAGUAUGAGUGUUUUCUUGGUUGGAAUGGAAUGUGUUUUAUUAGUAAAACAGUAUCCAAUCU